AUGCCUCCCCCUCACAUCUUUCACCUGGUUUGCAGCAUUCCCCUCCCCACAACCGCCGAAGUCUUCGAAACCACCGCUAGCCAACUAGGCCCCAUCCUCCACAGCGUCCCCGACGGCGAAGUCGCCGAACGCAAGUCCUUCGUCCAAUGGCAAGCGCCUCACAUCCCCGCCGUUGUGCGAAAAUCCCUAUUCGGAGGCACCCCAACACCAGGCUGUCCGCCCGUCUCCCUGAGCCUGGAAGACAUCCACCCCUUACGCUACGACGACGUCGCGGUGGAAUCCUACCGGGAGUUCGUCGCAGCUCGUGCACGGGGUGGGUUCGCUCCGAAAGCAAGGCUGCAAGUCUGCCUCCCAACGCCUGCGUCGGUGGUCCGCUCGCUGGUCGAGCACGCCUACUGCGCGCAGGUCGAGGCGCUGUACGAAGUGCGGCUGCUGCAGUGUCUUCGAAAAGUCCAGGCUGAGAUUCCUGCCCACGAUCUAAUGAUCCAGGGGGACAUGCCGAUCGAGAUGGCGAUGCUCGAGCUCGAUCGGGGGGAAUUGACAGAUCUGUUCUUUGUGGAGUUCUUCCGGCCGUAUUUCGCCCCUGUGCGUGCCGGGAUUCUGGAGCGGUUCGAGAGGCUCGCGAGGGAGGUGCGUCCUGGGGUUGAGAUGGGAGUGCAUUUGUGCUAUGGAAAUUUCCGGCAGAGGCACUGGCUGGAGCCCAAGAGCCUUGAACUUGUGGUUUCGUUGACGAAUGACUUGCAGGGCGCUAUGGCUUUGCACCGUCCUGUCGACUUUGUCCACAUGCCUGUGCCGAAGGAGCGGAACGAUGUGGCUUGUGUCCUGCCUUUGGCGGAUCUGGGAGAUUUGCGCACGACGGUCAUCCUGGGGUUAAUUCAUGCUGGUGAUUUGGAGGGCACGUGGGAGCGGGUGAGGGUCGCGCAGCGGGUUUGCAAGGUGCCGUUUGGUGUGAGUACAGAAUGUGGAUUGACGAACAAACCUCUUGAGUAUGUUCAGAGUGUGUUUGAAAUAGCUUCGACUGUAUGCGGAAGAGCAGAAUGA